AGCAUCCACUGCGCAGGAAAACUGGAUCUAAGGUGGCCAGUGACGCGCUCCUGUCUCGAAGAGAAGUGGCUGGGAGCUGAGGGAAGAGGAAGGCUCUCCUGGCUGUGAGCAAUGAGCCAUGGCUUCCCGCAGACACCGUCAGAGCUGCACCUAGCCCUAGACCUUGGAUGGAGAUGGCAGGGAAGGCCCUUCAGGCAGAGAAAACCAAGUCAGCAAGCUACACUGUUGCUCGAAAGUCAACGAGGGUGUCUUUACAGCUUCUUUAUGGGGUCAUGCAUGCCCACAAUUCACUGUAUGGAAGAGGCAGGAAAGCAAAAAGGACAAAAUGCAUGCAGUUCAUGCCCGGACCACAGCUGUCCCUCAGGAGCUUGGCCUGGAGCCCAAGUCAAGUCAUUGGGCUGCUGGUCAGGGGUGGAGUGGCCUUGACUUACAGCUUUUCCUCAUGAGCCCUGCCUGGGUGUCCACCUGGCAGUCAGCACGACCACGUCUCUUCCUCCUGGAGCAGCUGUCCGACCCAGAGGCCUGGACUUCAGAGAGAUCUCCAGGAGCAUUCAAGCCUGGACUGCUGCCUCCCGAACCCCAGGUGUGUGACGGGCCACUCAGCUUGCUUGCGGUUCUGCAAGAACUUGAAGAAACUGACAAACCCGGAUGGCUACCCCUGACAGGAGAAUCGUCUCUAAACCCCAGAGACCUGGCCAGGGUGCAAAGGAGAGUGGGGCCUGCCUGGGUCCUGUCGAGGUGGCACUGCGGAGCAAGGCAUGGGAAUUCUUUCAGACCUGUGACACAGAAGGCAAGGGCUUCAUCGCCAGGAGGGACAUGCAGAGGCUCCAUGAAGAGUUACCACUCAGCCUGGAGGAACUGGAGGACGUAUUUGACGCCCUGGAUGCUGAUGGCAAUGGCUUUCUGACGCCAGAGGAGUUCACCACUGGAUUUAGUCACUUCUUCUUCAGCCAGAAUAAGCCGGGUCAGGAAGAGGCAGGUGAACAGGUGGCCCGGCUCCAGGAAGAGAAGGUGUAUCAGUCCAGAGGGGAAGAGCACGUGGGCGACACGGAUGAAGAUGAGGAGACCCAGUUCCAAAUGCUGAUGGACAGACUUGGAGCCCAGAAGGAUUUUGAAGACGAAAGUGACAUCAAGCAGCUCUGGUUACGGCUGAAGAAGGAUGAACCUCACUUACUGUCCAGCUUCGAGGAUUUCCUGACCAGGACCUUCUCGCAGCUCCAAGAAGCUCACGAGGAGAAGAACGAACUGGAGUGCGCCCUGAAAAAGAAAAUUGCUGCUUAUGAUGAAGAAAUCCAGCAUCUCUAUGAGGAGAUGGAACAGCAAAUCAAGCAUGAGAAGGAGCAGUUUCUCCUCAAAGACACAGAGCGGUUUCAGGCCCACAGUCAGGAGCUCGAGCAGAAACUGUUGUCAAAGGAGCAGGAGCUGGAGCAGCUCAUCCAGAAGCAGAAACGGCUGGAAGGCCAGUGCGCCACGCUCCAAAAUGAUGAGCAUGAAACCAAGGCUGAGAAUACCAAGCUGAAAGUCACAAACCAGGAGCUGGCCCGGGAGCUGGAACGGACGUCCCGGGAGCUGCAGGACGCCCAGCAGCAGCUGGAAAGCCUCCAACAAGAGGCCUCCCAACUCCACCAGGAGAAGGAGAUGGAAGUAUACCGCGUGACAGAGAGUCUGCAGCGUGAGAAGUCAGGGCUCCUGAAGCAGCUGGAUUUCCUGAGGGAAAGAAACAAACAUCUUCGGGAUGAACAGGACAUACGUUUUCAGAAAGAUAAGGCAGCCAAGGCAAACACAGCUGCUUCCAAGGCGAACUGGAAACAGAGAUCUGGCUCUGUGAUAGGCAAAUACAUGGAUGGCAGAGGGAUUCUGAGGAGCCAGUCAGAGGAGGAAGAAGAUGUGUUUGGCCUCCCAAGGAGGAGAAGCUCACUUGGCCUUGGUGGAUAUCCCCUUCCAGAAGAGGAGCCAGGGGCUGAGGGUCCGCUCCCCAGGGCACUCCGCAGAAUCAUCUCCAUUGAAGAAGACCCCCUGCCCCAGCUCCUGGAUGGCAGCUUUGAGCAGCCAUUGAGCAAAUGCUCAAAAGAGGAGGAGGUCUCCCAGCAGAGGGUGGAAGCACAAAGCCAGCAGGCCAGACCCUUGGAACCCAUGCCUACAUCUCCCCGAAGGCAGCCUGUUGGAAAAGAAGCCUUGUCUAAGGAGGAAGCCUCCCCCUCCAUCCCAGACCGGCUCUUCAAAAUUGUGCUUGUGGGCAACUCCGCUGUGGGGAAGACGUCCUUCCUGAGGAGGUUCUGUGAGGACCGGUUUGCCCCCGGCUUGGCAGCUACUGUGGGCAUCGACUAUCAGGUGAAAAUGAUGCACGUUGAUGGCUCAUACGUGGCCCUGCAGCUGUGGGACACGGCGGGACAGGAGAGGUACCGCUGCAUCACCCAGCAGUUCUUCAGGAAGGCCGAUGGCGUCGUCGUCAUGUACGAUGUCACCGCCAGACAGUCAUUCCUGUCGGUCCGGCAGUGGCUGAGCAGCGUGGAGGAAGCUGUGGGAGACUAUAUUCCUGUUCUUCUGCUGGGCAAUAAAAUUGACAAUGAGAAAGAGCGGGAAGUUCCGCAAGGCCUCGGAGAGCGGCUUGCCAAGGAGAACAAUCUGAUCUUCUAUGAAUGCAGUGCCUAUUCCGGUCACAACACCAAAGAGUCCCUGCUCCAUCUAGCCAGGAUCCUCAAGAAACAAGAAGAUACAGCCAGGGAGGACACAAUACAAGUUGACCGCCCUGCCAAAAAGAAAUCUUGCUGUGGCUGAUAAGAGUCCUCCCAGCCCUGCUCCAUGUGGACAUGAGGUCACAGGACUUACCCUGAUUCUUGCACAUGGGUUCCUGCUUGGAUGCUGCCACCACAGCCUGCCUAAGCCCUUGUUUCUGUCAACGACUUGCCUCCACCAACAGGAGGGGAAGCACAUCCAGCCAGGAAAGCUGCUCCUGGAGCAUUUUGGAAUCUUCUUUAUCUUCUCUCUCUAGACCCAGGUGCCCAUUUCCCACCCCUUCCCCCAGCUUAGUUUUGUGGGGAAAAGAAACAGAUGGGCUUUUCCAGAAAAAUCACCACAUGCCUUCCCCACCUCCCUUCUGCUCCCCUUGCCCUUAGGAAAUGCAGCACCGUGGUUGUCAUGGCAACCACGAAGGGCAGACUUGCUGCUUCCUGUAGGCCAAAGACACAGGACCAGGGCGGUGGGUCUUCCUUUGGCUCCUGUUCUCUGGAUAUCAAUGGGAUGCUCUUGGCAUAUGCUUCAUAGACCUCGAGAUGCCCACGUGGUGUUGAGAAAAGCAUCCACAUUCUAUUGCACACCCCACCCGCAGGGAUCCUGCUCCUUGCUGGGCUGUAGAACCCCGUGUCUCAGCAGCCACCAUGCCUCCUGUAUUUGUCCCCUCGCAGUCUCUGGAACAUGCCUUAUGAGAAACCCACACCCUUUCCUCUCAACCCCCCACCCACAGCCCUGACUCCAAGGUGGACUGUGGGUGAUAAAUGUGUGCCUGGGGUGAGUGAGUGGGCUUAGUUCCUACUUAACUUUGACUAAGAGAUGAGAAGAAAACGAGGGGAAAAACCCAUCUGCUGCUAAACAGAGCGACCAUUUCUGGUGUAUAAAUAAGGUAUAUAUAGCUCUGUAAAAGCCAUUUUCCAAUGUUUCUCAAAAUAGCUCUUCGAAAAAUUGUACAUGAUGAUUAAUGGGGUAGAUUGACAUGCAGGCAGUGAGGCCCAGCACUGGGUCCAUAGUUACCGACUUCAUUUUAUUUUAUUAUUUUAUUUCCAGAAGACUAUAUUUAAAAAAAGAAAGUGUGGCCACGUUGUGGACAUAUAGCUGGUGUUUCAGAAGUGAGCAGAGUGUAGCUGCAGACUUCAGCAUCCCUGGGAUGUUGCAUUAGGGGCAUGAUCUGGGCCCGUAUGUGGUCUCUUCAUCUGGGUGGUGAUGAGUUCCCAGCCCCAGCUGGGCUCCAGCAUCCCUGGCGGGCCGUCAGGGGAGGGCAUUCUUGGCUUGGGUGGGAGCCUGGAUGAAAAGAUCAUAAAGCUCACCGCCCCCUACCACUCAUGUGCUGCAGGCCCAGCCCUACAGGAAAGUGAGUGGUAUCCAUACCUAAGUGGCACAACAUAGGAAGGGAAAGAAGCACAAAGUGUCCACAGGCCUCCAAGAAGAUUCAAGACAACGGUAUACAGCCAGCUUGGUAGUAGAGUGUCUGCUGGUCAGAGUUCCUAAGGGUGUUCCCUGUAGCCUCCUCCCCAGACUCCUAGAAGUGUCAGAGUUCCAUGGGUCACCAGGCAAGUGCCUACCUCCUUUUCUCAGGCUUUUCUCUCCCUCAUUUGGUGCUUGGAGGCACCAGGGAGCCCAUGGAUGGUACAGCACAAAAGCCAGCACUGAGCCCCAGGAGGUGCCCCAUGAUCUUGGGGGAAGGCAGCUCCCUGUCUGAUCGACCAUCUCAUCUGUAAAAUGAAUGCUGGGCUCUUUGAUGGUUCUGGUUCUUCUUGUUCAAGGUCCUUGUGAUGAUAGCUUCAUCUUCUAACUUAGGCUAGCCUUGCCUUCAGUCCAAAUUUGAAGGGAACUCACAGGAAACUCCUUUCUCUAAGAAAGGACCAUGGCAAUUGUCUCAUUCGUGGGAUGCAGGGGGUGAUGGGUCACCCAGAAGUGGCCCUCCAGCAUCUGUGUGGGUGUGUGUUGCUAUGUGAAUAUGUGUUGUUGAGCAGGGCGGGGGCAGAUAGAAGGUAAGGAUCACCAUAAAGAAAGUAAACUGAAUCUCCUGCUUCUGAAAACAAAAAAGCAGAGAUGACAGUUGGAACUUAUGGGGCAAGUUGGCUAUACCUGGAGUUUCCCAAGCCCGCAGAUGCCUUUAUACCCUAUACCAAGUCCCUGGCUUGGGGCUUCAUUUUUCCAUUUAGGAGAAGAGCAUUCAGGAUUUAGAACAGGGUGGAGUGAUCCUAGUGCCUGAUCCCAUAGCCCACAAAACCUCAAAAGUCCAGGCAGAGAAGAGAGGGCAGCGAGGGUCUUUAGGCCCCUGCUGCUUUCUUCUCUAACCCCACUUGAAACAAGUAUGGAGGAUGGGACCUCAGAGAGCCUCUGAGAAGUUCUGUGUGCCAAGGUCAGAGCCUCCCCUUCUCUCCAAAUUCCCCGUAAGCUAUCAAGGUGAUCCAAGUCACCCCCGUGACUGUGAGCCUGUCCCAGGGCCUGGCAGAGUGCUGUCAGAGAAACCUCUGGCUCCAAACCAUUUACAUAGCUGUAAUGACCUUGAAGUCACCUGGCCAGGGUUCCUGUUCAUCUGUAGAUUGGAGGUUUCAAUGUCUACCUCACACGGACACUUUAAAUAUUAAAUGAGGCAAUGAAUGUGAAAUACUUAGCACAGUGCCCAGUACACAUAGGUGCUAACAGGUAGGGGCUACCUUUGUUGUCAACAUUGAGUCACUGCCCAGACCACUAACCUCGCCCUAAUUUCAGAUUGAGAACCAGCUAACACUUACUAAGCCCUAUAAGUGGGUGUUCUCAUAAACACUACCUUAUUUGAGUACUCAAUUGCUGAGCCCAUUUCCUUGGCAUAUGAGCUUGUUUCUGGCAUUGCUCUUAGCUCUGCUCUCCUUUGUUCCUGUGGGUUUCCUGGUUUUCCAGUCAGUACCAUAUCUCGUAGUGUAUGUAGUCUGCUUCCGCAUAAUCUAAUUCACUCUGCUCCCUGCUUGUGGUUCUCCAGGACACAGACAGCACCUGAGACCUACUGUUAGGGUAUUUACCUAAGAAUGACCUCUGCUCGCCACCAGCGUUGGCUCCACAUUUUCUUCCCUAUUCUGACUCCUUUCACUUCUUCUGUCAUUUGUGGCUGCCCUCAGCCCUGUGUUGCCAAACCAGGGGCUUCAGCACCGAACCAAAACUCUGGUUGUUUUUUGUGAUAUUUGUUUUUAGAUAUAUUUAUUUAUUUUACAGCACAAGAGAGAAAGAGCAAGCGUGCACAGGGUGGAGGGGCAGAAGGAGAAGGAAAGGGAAACUCAAGCAGACUCCUUGAUGAGCCAUAUGUGGGGCUCAAUCUCAUGACCUGAGAUCAUGACUGGAGCCAACACUGAGAAUCAGAUGCUUUAACCGACUGAGCCACCCAGAUGCCCUGCCCCAGUUGUUUUGCUAUUUGUCUACCAUUUAUUUGCUUGAUGGUCUUUUGGGGGUCUUCUCUGUUCCUCUGUAAUAUAUUAGCUUUCUUCCACCUCUCUCCAUCUGAUACUCUUUGUCUUUCCUUAACACUUCAACCCAGUCUUGGACUCCACUCUUCCCUACUCUACCUCUUGAGCCCAUUCCAGGUCACACCUGUACGUUCUAUCAAAAAUAGCUCAACCCUUUGUCCUGUCACUAGCAGCCAAUGCUCUAAAGGAUCUUAAACCAAUUUCAGCUAAAGUACUAAUGCAAAUUGUGGCUUAAGGGCCAUAUGUAUACUUUAAGAAAGAACUUUAAAGGAGGCAAAAUGCUAGCUCAAGGGAAUAAAUCCUAGUGGUCAUGGGGUUCAAGUAUUUAGGACAGAGCUGCCUUCUCCUAAAGUGGUUUGCUUCAAGGAUUUUGGGACUCUAUUUCUGGGUUCAUAUAUGUUUAUAAUUGUUAUGUCUUCUUUAUGAAUUGACCCUUUAUCAUUAUAAGGUGUCCUUCUUGCUUUUGGUAACAAUUUUUGUCUUACAGUCUAUUUUGUCUGAUAUUAGUAGAGACACUCCAGCUCUCUUUUGGUUGCUGUUGCUAUAACCUUCUCUAUUUUUGUACUUUCUCCCUAUUUAUGCUUUUGAAUCUAAACUGAAUCUCUUGUAGACAACAUAUAGUAUGAUCAUGUCUUUUAAUAUAUUCUUCCAAUCUCUGCCCUUUCACUAGGAAGUAUACUCUGUUUACAUUUAAUAUAUUGGGUAAAGUAAGAUUUAUGCCUGCCAUUUUGCUAUAUCUUUUCUGUAUUUCGUACGUCUUUUUGUUCUUCUGCUUCUCCAUUACUGCCUUCUUUUGUUAGUUAUUUUCUAAUGUAUUAUUUUAAUUAUCUUCUUGUUUCAUUUAGUAUUUUUUUAAUUUAUUUUCUUGGUUGGUGCCCUGAAAGUAACCAUUAAUAUCUCAGUUUAUAACAAUCUAGUUUGGAUUAAUACCAACUUAAAUUCAAUACCACACAAAACUUUGCUCCUGUAUAGUUCCAUUCCCCUCUCCUGUAUGUUUAUAUUGUCACAAGUUACAUCUUUAUACAUUUUCUUCCCACCAACAUAGAUUUAUUUUUAUUGCUUCUAUGCAGUUCUCUUUUAAAUCAGAUUUAAAAAGAAGUUACAAAAAAUGCAUUCAUACUAUUUUCUAUAUUUAAUUAUGUAAUUACUUUUGCCAGUGCUUUUUAUUUCUUCAUGUUGAUUCAAGUAACUAUCUAGGGUCUUUCUCUUCACUAGUAUUACUUCACUAGUUUUACUGCUAAAGACCACUGCUCUCAGUUUCAUUUAGAUGAAAAUGUCUUGAUUUAUCCUUCAGUUUUGAAAGAUAGUUUUGUCAGAUAUUGAACUUUUGCCUGACGGGGUUAUUUUCCCCUUGCUACUUUGAAUAUACCAUCCGCUGUUUCUGGCCCCAUGGUUUCUGAUGAGAAAGUAGCUGUUAAUCUUAUUGAGGUUCUUUUGUAUGUGAUGACUUGCUUCUGUCUUGCUGCUUUCAAAAUUCUUUGUCUUUGUCUUUCAACAGUUUGAUUUUGAUGUGUCUAGCUAUAGAUCUCUUAGAGUUUAUCCUACUUGGAGUUUGUUGAGCUUCUUGGAUGGGUAGAUUGAUGGCUUUCAUCAAAUUCAGGGAGGUUUUAGUCAUUAUUUCCUUAAAUAUUCUUUAUAUCCCUUUCUCCCUCUCCUUUCCUUCUAGAACUCCUGGGAUGCAUAUGUUGAUAUGCUUGAUGGUUUUCUGAGGUUUUGUUCACUUUCCUUCUUUAUUUUUUGUGUUCCCCAGACUAGAUAAUCUCAACAGCCCUAUCUUUAAGUUCAGUGAUUUUUUUCUUCUGCCUGCUCAAAUAUGCUAUUGGGAAUUUCUAGUGAAAUUUUCAUUUCCAUUAUUGUAUUUUCAACUCCAAAAUUUCUGUUUGGUCCCUUUUAUAAUUUUUAUAUCUUUAUUGAUUCUCUGUAUUUGGUGGGACCUUAUUCUCAGAUUUUCCUUUAGGUCUUUGAACAUAUUUAACAUAGCGGGUUUAAAGUUUCAAAAACCUCACUUUUCUAGCCAUCUCUACUGUGCACAAAACAAGUUCUACUUGUCAGUUCUUGCUUCCUUCCUCACACUUCACACAACAUUUCCAGGAUUUGUCUCGUGCCUUAGCUCCACUUCUAACCUCCUCCCUAAAGCCUUUCCUAUCUUCUGGAUUGGAGGAGGGAUAUGAAACUCAGAAAUCUUUCAGGUCUGAGAACUGUCCCCUCUACCUUGAGCUUCUGGAUGUCUUGCUGCAGACGAGCUGCCCAAGAAAAUAUCCAUCUCUUUGAGGAAGUGAAAGAAGGCCAGAAACCCUCAGGCAGUGUUCCCUUUCCUGCCAGGAAGCCAGACAUUUCACAAAGUUUCACUCAGAAGGGAUAGGUGGGAGAAUACUACAGAUCAUAAGUAUUUAAUUACUUCAAAAUAAUGAAAUUACAGUAUGCAAACAUACAGAAACAAAUAUUUAAGUAACUUCUUGCUGACUGGGCUUACGAGCACUGUCACCUCUCCUCCUAUUAUCUGGGGGAAAAGAAAUUGACUGCACAAAUCCCAACAAAGUUCAGUCAAAAUCUAUAAGAUUUUACCCUUUAUUUGUUAUUUCUUCCCUUCUUUCCUUGGGGGUGUGUGUGUCAGUGUGAAGGGUAAGGAUGAUGAUGGUUAACAUGAUGUAGGAUCUUUCAAAAGCUCCCCCACUUCCUACCUCCAUUAAUGUCCCUAUUAAUAAAUAUGUUAAUUACAAACAGUAACAGUAACAAAGAACAUCAUAACUCCAACUUUCACACAAUUCAGUGGAGCCAGUUUCAGUAAAGUGUCCUACUUAAGAAGAAACUUCCUGGAAAUGAUGGGGGUUGGGAAACCAUAUGGUGCUUGGCUGAGGACCUGAACUCAAUGUAGAAACUGAGAAGCACUUGUUCAUUAAUGAGGUUGUGUUCAUUUAUCAUCCUGGGGCAGGACUGAGUCAAGUCCAAGAACAGACGCCUCUGUCAGGGCUGGAACUUCAACACUUUGGCUCUGAUUAGGAAGUGGUACUUGCAGGCUCUUGACAUACCACCAGGAGACUCUCCACCCAGAAAAUGAGGACACUUAGGGCCAGUGAGGCAUGUGCCAUCAUAAUGAAUUAUGACUGGAUCCAUCUGACCUAUAAAAGUAAAUACUACCCAUAAAAACCCUGCAAUACUAAGCAAAAAUGUCCAAAGAACAUGGACAGAAGGAAUGGGAUUUUUUUUUUUUUAACUUGGAAUCAAAACAUGUACAGCUCAAGGAGCCUCCUAAUGAAUUUGAGUAAGAUGACUAUGGAAGUAGAAUUUAUUGAGUAUGUGCAGCACCAGGUCAAGGACAGAGUGUCAGGGUAUAUGAUUUAACAUCCAGUGUAUAGGCUCCCCAAGGCCAUUCUGUAAUGGUGUUUGUUGUAUUGUGCUUAUUUAUACACAGUGCCCACAGGGCUGUAAUGAGUGAAAUGCACUGGACUGAACUCCCGAGGGCAGGAGCAUUCAUCUCUGCCUCAUGCUUAGUACAGUGUCUGACAAACAAUGGUUGCCUUAUAGAAGCAGUUGAGAACAGAGCAUCAUUUCUCAAGAACAAGGCCCACCACUUGGUGAGCAGUCCACUGGAGCCCCAGUUCCCAGAGGCUAGAUGGCUGGGCUUCUGGGGUCCGGUAGACCCAUGGGGUUGCCUCCCUGGUUCAAAAUGAGCUGCUGCUUCUGGCUCUUAAAACAGAGUGCUGAGAAGCAUUCCAGCUGCUGUGAUUCAAUUGCAUUUCAGACAGUGUGAUGCCCAUCAAAGCAUUCCAUCUCAUCACCCCAGCAGCCUCCCCAGCUGUUGCUAGUAGCAAUCCAUUACCCUCAGGCGGCUCAACAACUUAAUUUGACUUAGGCUCCAUGCUUCUGUGCAUAAAAGAUGCUUCCCUGCCUGGUUUUCUUCCUUUCUGGUAUGGAACUGACCAACUUUACCCAGGCUGUGCCUCUCACAGAUGUUUUCUCUAAUCCCUAACGAUCUGCUCAGAAUAAGAACAUGAACACAGUUGUGUGACCUUAGGCAAAACCUGGAGCUUCUUGGUGCUCUGAGCCCUAGCUUCCAAAUCCAUAAAAUAGUGUCCUCUGCCCUACUGUCUGCUAGUGUGAAGGUCAAACAAGAACUCUGGGGAAGGAUUAAGUCAACUGAAAACCUGUAGACAAAUGUCAGCUAUUACAUCAUCUGUCUCUCUGUGCAAAAGACAUAAAAACAGAAUAAGCAAGAAAGAAAGCUCCACACUUUUGGUAACCAGGAGAAGCUGGGGCCUCAGGGGAGAGCAUCUCCCAUUUCUCUGGGCUAGCAGAAUAAGGAAAACUUGCAUUCCUUCAGGCUACAGAAUUCUGUCUAAGAAUGCUUUGUAUCUUUCCACUCUGCCUUAAAAUGGGACAGGAACACAGCGUCGCAGACUACAGGGUUCUCACUGGCAUGGUUCUGGUCUCAUUCAAUUUUCUAUUUACAUCAUAAAUGCUAGGUGUGUAGAUUUGUUGCCCAGUCCAGACUUCAGAUAGUGCACUAAUUGACCCACUUUACACAUAUGGUUUAUAGACUCUUUCAUUUUGGGAUGAUGAAAACCUCUGGAGUUGGAGGGGAAUGAUGGUUCCAUGCAAUAUUGUGACUGUACUCAAUGUCACUGUACAGUAGUAAAUGGUUAAGACUGCAAAUUUUAUGUUUUGUAUACUUUACCAUAAUACAUUUUUUUUUCAGAAAACACUUUCACAAACAAUUAUGUUCCACGAAUGAAUAUAGGAUUCACUCUCUUCAA